AUGGUUUAUAAUUUUUACACCGGUUUCUCCAGGAAAUUCUAUGAGCACACAGAUAAAUUUAUAAAACAUUUUAUUAUAAAAAAUGAAUUUUUAAAUACCCGUCAAAUUGUAUUCCAGAAAAGAUUAUAUCAUGCCCAUGAAAAUGUAAAUUACAAUGGUUUUAAUGGACAUCACCCUAUUAUUUUAAUUCAACAAAACAAAAAUGACAAUGAGAGAAAAAAAUAUAAUAAAAUAAAAACUAUUGCAUUCGCUAACAUAUUUGGGGCAUCUGUUGUGUCACAAAGAGAUGAAAAUUUAGAAAAUGAAGAUAUAAAAAUAAAAAUUAAUGAAUUUAGUUUCAUAAAUAAGCCAAAAAAUACAAAUUCAAAAGAUGCUAAUAAUUUAGAUAAAUCGAGUGCCGUUAUGCCUGGAAAUGAUAAAAAUAAAUCAAAAGAUGAUAAAUAUGAAUAUUAUCAAGAAUUAAGUGAAUACAGUAACAUGCAAAUAUUUUCUAGUAAUAGUCAUCAUGAAUUAGCAAAUGAAAUAUGUUCCAAUUUAGGAAUAAGUUUAGGUAGGGCUUAUAUUGGAAAAUAUAGUGAUGGAGAAAUUACUCUUCAAAUAAUGGAUGAAGUAAGAGGGAGAGAUGUAUAUAUAAUACAUUCAACCCCUGCAGGUGGUAAGGAUGUCCACUCACGCUUAAUGGAAUUGUUUUUAUUUGUAUCGACAUUAAGAAGAUCAUCUGCAAAAAAGGUUAUCGUUGUUUUACCAUAUUUAAACUAUUCCAGACAACAUAAACAAACAGGGUAUUUUAAUAAUAUGCAUUCACUAGGAGCUCCAGAAAUAGCUAUAUUAUUACAAACAUGUGGUGCUGAUUCAAUUAUCGCUGUCGAUUUGAACAAUCCAAGAAUUGAAGGAUUUUCUACUGAUCAAAAAUUUUUCCAGCCACCGCUUAUGAAUAUUAAUCCACAAUCUUUAGCUGUAGAAUAUUUUAAAAAAAAAAAACUCCAUAACCCCGUUAUCGUUCCAAUUGAUAUUGAUGGUGCAGAAAAAGCAAAGGAAUUUUGGGUUAGAAUGAAAAAGCAUUCAAAUGAUCUAGGAUUUACUACUUUGGUUUCUAGCACAUGUAAUGAAAUGAAUACCAGAGGAGAAGCUCCAAGUAAUGAAUCAAAGGAUUCCAAUAAAAUGUUAGACAAUAAACAAAAGAAUGUGUCUUCUCAAGAUAAAAAUAAUAUAAAUUUACUUGAAAAUGAAAAAAUAACUAUAGUUGGUGACAUUAAAAAUUGUGAUUGUAUAAUAGUAAAUGAUAUCCUUGAUACUGGAAAAACAUCUAAAAAGAUGGCUGCUCUUCUAAAAAAUGCGGGAGCUCGAAAAAUAUAUCUUUAUGCAACUCAUGCUAUACUAUCUGAUGGAUGUAUCUCACAAAUUAACGAUUCGUGCAUUGACGAAGUUGUAACAACAAAUACAAUACACAUUCCAAGAGAUAUAUGUUGUGAAAAAAUGCAUAUUUUAUCAGUUGCCAAAUUAGUAGCCGAAGGAAUCAAAAGAUUUAAUAAUGAGCAAUCACAAAAUGCGCGAGAAGAUUUUUCAGAUGGGCAAGUGGAGUUAAAUGUAUAA